AUGCAAGGCACUAUGUACUGGGUUGUAUUUUUAGUGGCGGUACUACAGGGUAUUCAUUUAGUGUCGGGCCAGGAGGAGAUAUUGAAUGAACAAGAGUUUGAAGCGUUGUGUCGAAUGAUAAAUUGGGCAGAAAGGGGACUGAAGCACAUAAAAGUAACAAAACGAGUUACCCAAGAAGCUCUGAAAAUAGGCGUAAGAUAUCUUGAAGUGGCCGGUGAGGAAAAUGCUGCUGAACUCGCUGAGGCACAGGACUAUUCUUGUACGAAGAGAAUGGAGGAUCGGAAAAGGAAUUGUGGGCUGUACAAAACAUUUUGGGAAGAGGCGCAGAGAGUAUUGAACAAAGGGGUUGACAGCGGAGAAAGACCUGAGCGAAAAAAAAACGGCUUGCGGGAGCACAGUGCAGAGAUUAGAAAAAAGGCAAUGGAAGUGGCAGAUAUAUAUCACGAAAUCGAAGCGAAGAGUCCAUCUGGACAAGUAGAAAAGAUUGAAGAACAGCUCAAUAAAGCUCUUUAUGGAAGGACACACACUGCUGAAGAGAUAAGGGAAAGAGAAGAGCGAAGCAGGGUGUGCGGGAAAACAUUACCAAAUCCACCUAAUAGAGAAGACCAAUCACUAGCCGUGGAUUUGCUGUGCUUGUGUGCAAUGCACGGCUCUUGGAACGGCAGGGAGAUAUGCUGCGCAGACUGCACCACAGGAAGAAAUAGCGAGGAGUGGAAUCCAGAAUCAAACAGCGCGCACCGCUGGGAAUUUCUGAAACAGAAGUGUGCGGGAGUCAUUCCAAGCUAUGGUAGCACGGGGGAAAGACUGCGUGAUGCAAAACAAAAUUUUAUGGAUGCAGUAACGAAAAUAACUACAAGGAGGGGGGAGCAGUUGUCCAAACUAGGAGAAAAGCAAAACAACAACGUAAAAGACUGCGGCGCGGACACAAGCAAGAGCCAAGGAAUAUGCAUGCUGUACGGAGCAGUUGACGGAGUGAACCUGCCCUGGAUGAAAACUUUGGAAAGUGUCGAAGACAGGAUAGGACUUCUGAUGCAAGAGAGCCAAGACAAGACAUCAAAACUUGAGAGAAUUAAAGAGCUAAGUCAAGAGAUAGAAAGCUUAAUCAAAGGUGAUACGGGGCGAGGAAGACAACAGGGAAGACAGAAACGGAGUGUGGAUACCGAGAACAGUGUCCCAGAAACCCCAGCUGACCCGAGCGAUCCAACACAGUCAACCACAGAUACCAAUAGAAAAAAGCAAGGUGAAAGGAAACCGAUAUCAACAGGUAACGGUGCAUCCAAAAGCUACGGUGGAGAUGAGGUUGAUUCUUACGAUUCCAAAUGCGAUGGAGAAAACUCGGCAUGCUCAGAUUCACCAGCAAAGCCAACAGUAAAAAGCAGCAAAAGUGCUAUAAAUUGUCCACUGGGAUUAAUUUUGCUUUUGGUAUAA